ACAAAAUAAAUUCAAUUUGAGUUUUAAAAAAUGCUUUCAAAUAAAAUUGAGUAAAAUUAUUCUGAAAGGAGAAAAACUCUAUUAAGUAUAAUAUGUUCCCACGCUAUCGACACAUAACACCAUUGAUUAGAAAAGUAAAAUCAGGUCAAGCGAAAAACAUCACCGUUGAAACGGAAGAAUGCAGUAGUGCUGAAUCUGAUGACUUAGAAGACAUUUAUAAACGGAAGCCAAAUUUUGAACAUUAUUCUUACCCAGAUGAUUAUUGGAAAUUUAAAAAGUCCGUAAAAUAUCUAAGUUAUGGACGACCUAUAAUAAGUGCUUUAGCUUUGAUUACUGCGUAUGAUUGUGAUUUUCAGGAUCCAAUUAUGUUAAAAGCACUUCAAGAACACAGGAUUUUGGAAACUCUUUUGAAUUUUUUGAAAAGUGACGAAAAAAGAAUUCAAGCAAUAUCUCUAAAGUUCCUAAAGAAACUUGCUAAAAUCCGAGUUUUGCGCCAUAAAAUUGUCUAUCUUAGAGGAAUAGAAGCUUUGGUAUUGCUUUUAGAAGAACCUCAAAUUGAUCUUAAGCAAGAAGCUGCUGCAGUUAUAACAGCUAUUGCUGAUUUUCAUAAAGCUUGGCAAGCAGUACGUGUCUCUGGUGGUAUACCAUUGCUCGUAAAUAUGAUAUACUUGCCGAAUCGACUUCUUCAAGACCAGCCAGAGUCUAUGAGCCAACAACAAAAAGAUGUUUUAAAAGCAGCAGAAAAUGCAGCAGAAGCUUUGUUUACAAUCUGCAAAUGCCGCAGAAAUCAAAUGGAGUUUUUAAAUAGCGGAGCUUUAAGGGGCUGCAAAAAUAUACUAAAAACGCCACACGUUCGGCUAUGUACUUUAGUUCUGCAAAUAAUUAUUCGGUGCUCCCAUCAAAAAAUCGUUCGUUUAGUCGUAAAAAAUUUGAGAAUGAUAGAAAAUUUCAGAAUCCAUUUUUAUAGCGAGGAUCAAAGUUUAAUGCAGGCAGCUGCGCGUGCUGCAUUUUCUUGCGCCGAAGGAGAUGAAUCUAGAGCAUUUUUUGGGAAAGCAGGCUUUGUUGACAAGUUAUUCGAAAUAAUGCAAACUUCUGCCUUCCAUUCGAAUUAUGAACUCAUGGCAUCCAUUUCAUGUGCAUUGUGGAGAUGUUCGGAAAAUGAAUCCAAUUUAAAAAGAAUUCAAGCUCUGAACGCUGGUCCUUUGAUGAUACAGCUUCUGAAUUCUCAACCAAAACAUGUUCAAGAAUAUUUAACAGCGUGCCUAGGUUGUUGUCUUACAAACCCACAAAUCAGAACGGUGAUCAGGAAAAACAAUGGUAUUGAAACGUUGAUAGGACUUUUACAUACAACGCACCCGCCGUUAAUCAUGCAUCUAAAUAAAGCAUUAGCAAUUGCUUCUGAUGAUAACGAUUGCUUGCAAAUAAUGGAAAAACACGAUGCCCUGCGUUUAAUAUGGUCGCAUCUAAAGAAUGAAAAUCCAUCAGUUGUGUCCAAUACAGCAUGGCAGUUGGCAGCCAUAAUGAAAAACUUUAUUAAUUCAGCUGCUUACGUUAGAUCUUUGGUUGGCGGUGUACAAGUCUUAAUGGAGCGCUUGCGUGGUGAACAUAACCGUGUGUCGACGCCAAUAUGUGCUUUAAUUGUGGUUCUUAGUCAAGAUCCUGAAAAUGUAAGAAUUCUAACAGACUAUAAAGUUGUGCAUUGCCUUUCAGAGUUGACCAAUACCACAUGCCGCCGUCUAAGAUACCAUCUAUGUAUGGCGAUUACUGCCGUUUGUCCUUAUAAAAACAACAGAAAAGAAUUUACUAGAAGAAGAGUUGUAUUGCCUUUGAUAAGAAUUCUAAAAAGUAAGACUCCUGAAGUUGCUGGGGCGGCUACACAUGCCCUAUAUCAAUUGGCUCACAUUCCUGUGUGCUGUGCCGUGAUGUAUAAUAGUUCUGGUGUGUAUGAAAUUUUAAUGAAGCAAUUGAAAAGCGAGAACAGAGACGUUCAGGAAUGUGCAGCCGGUAUUAUACAAAAGAUGCGAUUGUUUCCCCUUAAUCGGGAUGGAAAUAUCCCCACGUGGCUCAUAGAAAAACAUUCAGAUCAUUUUUCUUGAUAAAAUGUCACAAAACUUUA